AUGCGUGCAGAGUUUGCCCUGUACUUCCACGAGAAGUACGACUUGGCCAUCUUCGUGUCUCUCCUCGGAGCUCCAAUUGGCUUUUUGCUGUAUGGACCAGCCACACAGGUCUUUUUGGACACCUACGGCUGGCGAGGUGCAAUGGUUAUACUUGGUGGCUAUGGUUUCCAUCUUAUCUGCGCUGGUAUGUUGGUGAGAAGACCCACGGGAAUAUACUCAGCUAUCCCUAUUCAAGACCUAUCAACUGAGGACCAAACCACUGAUCAAAACGAGUACCAGGCCCGGAGAGAAACCGAGGACCAGACCUGGGAGCAAAGGGAAGAUCAGAUGUCGAAGCAUUGCGAGCACCAGAUUUCGAAGCAAGGUGAGGACCAGAUCUCGAAGCAAAGCCAGGACCAGAUCUCAAAGCACAGCGAGGACCAGCUCUCGAAGAAAAGCGAAGACCAGGCCUCAGAGCAAAGCGAGGACCAGCUCUCGAAGCGAAGCGCUCAAGGUCCUGAUCCUGUGAAGUGGCGUGAUUCUGUCGUCUCAGCCCUCGGUCUUGAGAUAUUCAUAAAUUGUGACUUCGUGCUUCUGGCAGCCAUCAGAAUGUUCUACAGCAUUUCAUAUGGCGGGAUCUUGGUGUAUAUGGUACCCAACGGUCUGUCUGUAGGGCUUACGAACGGUCAGGCGUCUUUUCUAAGUACGGCCUUUGGCCUUGGUAGCAUGGCAGGGCCUGCUUUAGCAGCUUUUGUGAUGAAAAGAAAGUUGGCAUCGUGUCAAGUGACUGCGGUCAUCGCAGCUGCCGUUAGUGCUGUGGGACUUGCAUUGGAUCCUUUCAUCCCUUCCUUUGCUGGUCAGAUGGUCAAUACGUUCUUCAUAGCAGCUGGUAUAACCGCUGAUAUUCAGGUGGUAUGUGUGCUGACGAGAUAUCUGCCUUUCACCGACAAUAAGUUCGUCAUUGUCCUCGGUUGGUUGGGCUUCCUAAGCGGCUUGGCCACUUCCGUGGGUGACACUCUGUCAGGCUUGCUUUAUGACGUCACAGAGAGCUUCUACGGGACCUUUUUCUUGUAUAGCGCCGCUAUGGUAGCCACUGGAUUACUUUUUCUGUUGGACCUUUGCCGCGCUCGUUACCGCGAGUGGUCAAAGGAAAGUCAUGCAUUAUAGCUCCUUAAGUUUACAGAAAUGGAAACAGAAAAAUUGUUACAAUUUUCGAGCGUUCUUUGUUUUUGUGAACAUUAUUUUUAUUUGACUAGGGGCACGAAACAAAUCAGUCAGAGUGCCGUGCUUACCACGGACCACUGGUGGGAUACCCGUCCAUUGUUUGAGGUACCCCGCAAAUAAAAUCCUUAGAAAAAAAGGUACCCCGCAACGAAAUCUUUAGAAAUAGGGACAAUGGGACAACAAUAGAGGUACCCCGGAAGUUCAUCGGGCUGGGAUGUC